AUGGCCAAGAGCCGGCCGACGUCCCAUUGGACGCUCUUCGUCUCUCUGGUGGUCCUUAUCGCAUGCAUUGUGGUCCCCGGAGCGACGGUGAAACACGAAAACUUCAAGACCUGCCAGCAAUCCGGAUUCUGCAAGCGCAAUCGAGCUUUGGCCGACAACGCCGCCGCCCAAGGUGCCUCAUGGAACUCGCCCUACGAGCUUGAUCCCGCCACCAUCCAAUUCAAGGAUGGUCAAUUGACAGGUGUUAUUAUUAAGACGACCUCUACGAACGAAAAACACCGCCUGCCUGUCACAGUCUCCUUCCUCGAAUCGGGAGUCGCGCGAGUUAUCGUCGAUGAAGAGAAGCGCCUGAAGGGCGAUAUCGAAGUCCGACAUGGCAGCAAGGCAAAUAAAAAACGAUAUGAUGAGACGGAAAAAUGGGUCCUCGUUGACGGCUUGAAGGUCAGCAAGUCAGCCACAUUGAACUCCCAGACAAAUAGCGGAUUCACCAAUGUCUUGUACGGACCGGAGGACAAAUACCAAGCUGUCAUUCGCCAUUCACCCUUCGGCGUUGAAUUCCAAAGGGAUGGCGAGACCCACGUGCAGCUUAACCAUCAGGGCCUCUUCAAUCUGGAGCACUGGCGGCCAAAGGUUGAAAGGGAAGGUGAAUCCGAGGAGGAUGAGAGCACUUGGUGGGAGGAGUCCUUUGGUGGCAACACCGACACUAAGCCGCGUGGUCCUGAGAGCGUCGGUCUUGACAUUACCUUUCCCGGAUAUGGACAUGUCUUUGGUAUUCCUGAGCACGCCGACUCCCUCUCUCUCCGUGAGACCAGAGGCGGGCCUGGAAAUCAUGAGCAGCCAUAUCGCAUGUACAACUCGGAUGUUUUCGAGUAUGAGCUCGACAGUCCUAUGACCUUGUAUGGGGCUAUUCCGUUCAUGCAAGCGCAUCGCAAGAAUUCCACUGUCGGCGUGUUUUGGCUCAACGCUGCGGAAACCUGGGUUGAUAUUACCAAGGAAGCAGCAAACUCAAACCCGCUGGCCAUGAGUUCCCACGCCAAAACCAACACCAAGACACAUUGGUUCUCUGAGGCUGGUCGAAUCGAUCUUUUUGUCUUCUUGGGACCCUCGCCGCAGGAGAUCCUCAAGACAUAUGGUCAACUGACUGGAUAUAGUCAACUUCCCCAGCACUUCGCUAUUGCGUACCAUCAGUGCCGCUGGAAUUACGUGACUGACGAGGAUGUCAAAGAAGUGGACGCAAAGUUUGAUAAAUACCAAAUUCCUUACGAUGUCAUCUGGCUUGACCUUGAAUAUACCGAUGACCGGAAAUAUUUCACUUGGGACUCUUUGACUUUCCCCAACCCGAAGGGUAUGCUGGAGAAACUUGACGAAUCCGACCGCAAACUCGUGGCUCUGAUCGACCCUCACAUCAAGAACGUGGACAAUUACUUUGUCUCUCAGGAACUAAAGAGCAAGGGACUCGCCGUUUUGAACAAAGAUGGGGAGAUUUAUGACGGAUGGUGCUGGCCUGGUUCAUCUAACUGGGUCGAUUGUUUCAACCCAGCUGCACUUCCAUGGUGGAUUAGUUUACACAAGUUCGAUCGAUUCAAGGGAUCGCUUUCUAACCUAUUUGUCUGGAAUGACAUGAGUGAACCAUCCGUCUUCAAUGGUCCCGAAACAACCAUGCCGAAAGAUAAUUUGCAUUUCGGCGACUGGGAGCACCGCGAUAUCCAUAAUAUCAACGGUCUUACUCUCCUAGGCUACUCCUAUGAUGCCUUGCUCGAGCGCAAGAAGGGCGAAGUGCGCCGACCCUUUAUCCUGACUCGUUCCUACUAUGCUGGUGCCCAGCGCACUUCUGCCACGUGGACCGGCGAUAACCAGGCUACUUGGGAGCACCUUGCCAUCUCUCUACCAAUGGUUUUGACCAACGGCAUUGCAGGUUUCCCAUUCAUUGGUGCAGAUGUUGGUGGUUUCUUCCACAACCCCGACAAAGACCUUCUUACUCGCUGGUACCAGGCUGGUAUCUGGUAUCCCUUCUUCCGCGCCCACGCUCACAUUGAUACACGCCGCCGUGAGCCGUAUCUGAUUUCCGAGCCACACCGCACCAUCAUCUCCCAGGCGAUCCGUCUGCGAUACCAGCUCUUGCCAGCAUGGUACACCGCCUUCCACGAGGCUUCGAUCAACGGUGCCCCCAUCGUGCGUCCACAGUAUUACGUCUUCCCUGAUGAUGAAGCAGGCUUUGCCAUCGGCGACCAGCUGUACCUUGGAGCUACUGGUCUUCUUGCCAAGCCCGUUCUGACUCCGGACACAUUUACCACGGACAUUUACAUCGCAGAUGACGAAAAGUACUAUGACUAUUUCGACUUCACUGUUUACCAGGGAGCAGGAAAGAGACAUACAGUUCCUGCUCCCGAAGACAAGAUCCCUCUGCUGAUCCAGGGUGGACAUAUUGUGCCUCGCCGUGACCGUCCUCGUCGCAGCAGCAACCUAAUGAAAUGGGACCCUUAUACUCUUAUCCUUACACUCAACAAGAACGGCCAAUCCGAAGGCAGCCUUUACUUUGAUGACGGUGAGACCUUCGACUACGAGAAGGGUGCCUACAUCCAUCGCCAUUUCCAGUUCCGCGACUCGGUUCUGUCCUCUGAUGACCUUGCAACCAAGGGCGCCAAAACUGCUGAGUACUUGAAGGCGAUGGCAGGCGUCACUGUCGAGCGGGUCGUUAUCAUCGAUCCCCCUCAGGAGUGGAAGGCCAAGAACACCGUUACCAUCAUUGAAGAUGGAGCUAAGGCCGGCUCGACUGCCUCUUUGCAAUUCUAUGAGCAGCAGGGUGGCAAGGCAUCGUACGCCGUGGUCAAGAGCCCGAAUGUUGGAAUCGGAAAGAGUUGGCGGAUAGAGUUCUAA